AUGGAUCUACGCAGGGCUAAGAGGAAUCUGCAGUUGGCUUUAGAUGGUGAAGAGGAGGCGGACCCGCGCGGUGGCGGUGAUUUUGGCGAGAGUAGCUUAGCUGAUCGAGAUUUAGUUGAAACGCAAGUACCUGAAGCGUUGGGAUUUUCAUCUUUUGAAAGUGCUGAAGGUGUUUUUGUGAGCACUCAGGUGCAAGGUAGACUUGAUGAUGCUCUCCAUGAAGAGGCUUUACGGAACGGACUGAAAAGAUUCAAGUACGAGACUGGGGAGGAAGCUAGGAGUAGCACAAAGGCUCCCGUGCAGAAAAAAGGCAGAUCGUUGAAAAGAUCGCAGAAGAAGAGCCUAGGUGACUUUGGCCAAUCAAAAACUGGACAGUUGCUGAAGCAACUGUCGGGAAAGCAAAGCAAGGUGCGAGACACGGUCGAGUCGCAGCGAAAAAAAGGGAAGCUGAGAGCCAGAUCAGCCUCACAAUACGAUACGUACACCGCGGAGGAGUGGCAUCAUAUACACAGGAAGUUACUUGACCAUUUUCCUCAGAAAGAGCCUGACGAUAUCAGAGAAGCAUUUUGUUACUUGUAUGGGCCAGUCCACUCAUAUAGCGAAAGCGACUUAUGGGGAGCUUCUCAAAUGCUGCCAAGUGCGGAGGGAGUGGUGUCAGAGACGAAAGUCAAAUCCGUGGUAGGGGAAUGCCAUGAAGUUAAAGUGCUCACACUCUCGCAGGUUUUGAGUGAUAAUGGGAACGUUGAGUCAGAGGAUGCCGAAGUUGACGAUAGUUCAACUGUUCCUGAUAGCACAGAUGAGAUCUCGAUCCGUAUACCAAUCAGCGAGGCAGAGCGCGCUAGCACACAGUUUUAUACCCCACGCACGUCGCCAGCGCAAGAGAUAAUAGAUCCUACACAGGAGUCUUUUAAGGUCGUUAAAAGCCUGAUUUCUCCUUUGAAAGACGAAGAAACCCCUUUGGUGCAAGUGCCGGCCACUAGAACUUCCACAAUUCUAACUCAUGUCAAGCAGUCCUCAAAAUCCAUCGAUUUAAAGACCUGCCUCAGGAUGUUAAUUGCUAAGGAUCAAGUCACAUCGCUGAAGGAAAAGCUAUCUCGAGAUUUCGAUAUCAUUCAGGAAGAACAGUCCAUAAUGUCAGAUACAGAAUCAGAGGAUCCUGAAACGUUUGCGGUGUACUUGCAGCGCAGAAUCCAACCACAGCCAAGUAACAAUUCUACGCUUUCUAUUUCUCGUUUUGCCACUCAGUCGGCACAGAAGCUGCGACAGAGCAUGAAAGCGAUCGGUCUCAAGCCCUGUCGAUCCAAGUCGCAAAUGAUUGCUUCAUUGGAGGCCGCCUCGCAGGUACUAGAUAGUUCUUGCACGGAACUUCAACAAAGGCAUCUAAUCUACGAUAAUCUUACUAAACUGGUCUACUCCUGUCCAUCCCUUCUCGAGAGGGUUUACACUUACCAGCCGAUCCCUCUGAACUAUCUGCUGGCAAGACUGACCGAGGCAAAUCCUUUCAUGGAUCAUGUAGACGAACCAACGAUUCGAACGUGGGCAGAUAAUCAGGGCAUUUGUUUAACUAGUAGCAGCUAG